AUAAUAUUGACCAACGCCAUAAAAACUGAUUUGGCAGUCAAUGUCAACCUCAUUCUGAAACGAAACGAAAUGUCGACAGUACAUCUCGUUGCGACCGUUUUCUUGAUCUCCUUGAUCACAAUUAUUGCUGCAUCUCCAUUGAAUGAUGUAAGGAUUAUCAAUGGAACCGUAGCAAUUGCUGACAAUACACACCAUCAGGUUUCCAUUCGCAUGAAGGAUAUCGAAUAUAGUUUUGGAGAAGGUCAUGUUUGUGGAGGAUCAUUGAUUGCACCAAAUGUUGUCCUUACCGCAGCACAUUGCUUUUAUGAUGAUUGGAUUAAAGGUUUCUUCAGCUACGAAAUUUACUUUGUGGUGAUGGGUACAUUAGACCGUUUUGAGGAGACCAAAAAUACUGUUUCCAUUGAUGUAGCUGAAAUUAUUUACAAUGAUUUCAAUCGACCAACAUUCGAGAGGGAUAUCGCUCUGUUAGUCUUGAAAGAAAAUUUCCCGCUUUCGAAUCCACUUAUAGACCUUAUUCCAUUGAAUAAAGACAUUCUUCCAGUGGGUACGGUUUGUCAAGUCACAGGAUGGGGUACUACAGAAAAUGGUGACAUGUCUAAGGCUCUGAUGACAGUCGAUGUUCCAGUUGUUGAUAGUGAAAUUUGUUCUGAAAACUACGGAGAAGGUGCCAUUUUCGACGCAAUGAUUUGUGCUGGUUACAUGGAAGGAGGAAAGGACGCUUGUCAAGGAGAUUCUGGAGGUCCAAUGGUGUAUAAUGGCAAACUAGCGGGUAUUGUUUCAUUUGGAGAUGGUUGUGGUUCACCAGGCUUCCCUGGAGUCUAUACAAGUGUUAGUCAUUAUGUGGAUUGGAUUGAAGAAAAACUUGCAAAUAUAUCUUCUUUCCAACCACUCACACCAGAUGACGUUAGUUGCAAGGGAAACUCUUCAGUGCUAGCUCCUGAUAACAACGAUUGCAAAGGAAAUUCAGCAAAUUCGAUGUAUUUGAGCAGUUUCAUUGUUCUUCUUGUGUCUUUUUUAUUGGCUUCUUUUUAGAAAAUUAAAAUAAGAACAAAUUUAAUAAAAUGAAGUUGUAGAUAACAGUG